AUGGGACUCCUGAGCUGGACGUCUGCUUCUCCGCUGUCCCCUAUGGCCUGCCUUCAAGUGGAGACUCCUCCAAUCUGCCGGGGCAAGUUCAAAACAGCCCCGAAAGGCCCAGCUGUUUUUCAUGAGCAGAUCUGCAGCCUGGAGAGAGUGCGGACAGGGACUUUCCUGAAGCAUAAACUGUGCCGUCGACCUGAGCGCUCAGAGUUGGUCCGGAUGCACAUCCUCCAAGAGACACAGGCGGACUCCUCGCUGCAGGCUGCACAGCUGAUGCUGAAGAGAGCUCGUCUCGCUGACUCUCUGAAGGAGAAGCUCUCGCAGCGACCGGGCCCCAUGGAGCUGGUGGAGAAGAACAUCCUGCCUGUACAAGCAGAGGACUCACAGCCUGUGAAUGGCGAUGAAAUGAGCAGCAUCCAGACCCCAGACGCAUACAGCUUUGACGAGGACAGCAGCGAUGGCUCGUCUCCAGGAAGCCAAAGGUCUGACAGCUCCAGUUCCUCAAGAGAAAGUGGAGAGAAAGAAAUCCUGCUCUCGCCCACCUGUAACUCCCUCACUCAGUCUUCACCCAAACAGACAGCCGAGGUUACUACAGCUGCUCCAAGAACUCCAUUGGUUCAUACUGCCACGCCCGGUCCAGUGCUGGUCAAGCAGAGCCUGUCCCGAGCCACAGGUGAAAAAGGUCGCAGUAAAAAGAGCAGAGAUCCGCGGCCGCGUGUGAAGAAGCUGAAGUAUCACCAGUACAUUCCUCCGCAUCAGAAACAAGAGCAGGACGUUCCCAUGGACUCUGCGUACGCUCGCCUCCUUCAGCAACAGCAGCAGUUUCUACAGCUCCAGAUUCUCAGCCAGCAGCAGUUCGGCUAUAACCCUGUCCAAACACCAUCUCUCUGUCAGACGUCUGAAGUGCAGAGCAGCGGGUGCAAUGGAAACAGUUCAUCUUUAAACCUUCUGCCAAAUCCCACUGAUCACAGGUCGGAGCUACCAGCCAAUCUGGAGGACAUGAAGGUUGCCGAACUAAAGACGGAGCUGAAACUGCGGUCUUUACCCGUGUCUGGGACUAAAAUGGACUUGAUCGAGAGACUCCGUUCGUACCAUGAAAACCGCGUGGAAUCCCUCAGUCCUCCCGUGUCGCCGAUCACCACCAAAGUGUCCAAACUGGGCCUCAGAGACAGUGUCCCGCCCGAGGACUUCCCCACCGAGGGUCUUGAGGAGGGGGACAAGGACCAGCGUUUGUUCGAGAAGGAGCGGCAGAUAGAGGAGCUGCUGAGGAAGCUGGAGCGAGAGCAGCGGCUGGUGGAGGAGUUAAAACUGCAGCUGGAGGUGGAGAAGAGAUUUCAACAAGGCGACUCCCCUCCGCCUCUGCCUUGUCCCGGCCUUUUUCAGGUCAAAGAGGAAGUGGUCACACCUUUGAGCUGCUCGUCCAACAUGUGUCCGGUCAAAGAAGAGGCCACGGGACUGUCCAUGAACUUACACAGUCCGUCUCCUCCGGGACCAAACGCCACACGAGUCUCGGCUCAGUUACAGCAGCAGGACACUCGGAAGGCGUGGGCAGAUAGAGCGCUCCUCACGUUCCCCAACAACCAGACAUCUGCAGACAAGGUCCACAACAAAGCGCCUUUGCUCCUGCUGCCGCCCAAGUCCAAAGACCCGCCUCGGUAUGAAGAGGCGGUGAAGCAGACGCGGGGGAUGGUCGCACAGUGUCCGUCUGCGUCGAGUCAGCAGAUGGACGACCUGUUCGAUGUGCUGGUUGAAACUGGAGAGAUCCUUCCAUUCGUCAAACCGGAGCGUCAGAGCCUUCAGCCCCCUCUGGCGGUCACUGCGUGUGUGUCCACCCUGCCCAUAAACACGGUGCUCUGUCGCCCCCCAGCAGUGGUCCACGUGGCUCAGCUCCCGGCCGCGCAGACUCUCAAACAGACUGAUGACGCGCUGCACCACGUCCACAUGGAGUUUGACAGCAGCGCGUCCGACCCGCACAAUGAGGACAGCAUGGACUGGCUGGACCUCACAGACAUGACCGCCCACGUAGCCAUCUUCUCCUCCGACUUUUUAGACGCCAAUGAAAUGCACUUGAAUUGGGAAUAG